GCGAAUAACUAAAUAUAUCAAUAUCAGAUGUCAUCGACAUGUAUCAUAAUCAAAGAUACAUCAGCUACAUUUUAAUUACUUUGGAUAAAGUCAAGAAAGCGCUUGCGUUUAAGUCUGUCACAAAACACCUGCAAUACUUCUAUAUAUACGUUUAUUCAACCAGAAAAAAAACUUAUAGCAUACUUUAAAAGGCUGUACGGAUAACCGAUUACAUUGUAAUAGAACAAUACAAGUAGUCCCUUUCCUUUCUCUAAACAAUGGAUCAAAUAUGACUUAAUCAGUGAAAUAAGAUAUAUACAUUAAUGGCUUUUUAAAUCUUCUGUUUUACUGAUUCAGAAUGAAGUUUUUUCUCAUCAUUUUUAAACAGAAAAUACGGACAAAUAAGUAAAAAAAUUAGGAUUGUUAUAUGAUAUAAAAUGAGCUGGCAUUGAUAUUGUUUUAUUUAAUCUUACUUUUAUGUGUUCGUGUUAUUUGCGUAUGUAUAUGUAUACGUGACCUUUGAUGAGACAUAGAUCUUUUAAGGAAUACAUGAGAAUUUACUUGGACCAAUCUGAAAUUUGUUAUUAUAUAUGCAUUUCAACACAAGCGGUUGUCAAAAAACAGCUCCACGCCAUUACACCGUAGUCAGUUGACCUUUAAUAUUUAAAAGGAAGAUGGCGUAUGGCCCAGGAGCGGAUGAGAAACUUGUUAAACAGUUUGCUAAAGCCUGCAAGCUGUCUGGGAGUGAUGAUGAGACUCUGAUGAAUAAGAAGUGCAGUAGAAACAUUCGAAAAUUCUUCUGGGAGAAAAUAACCGAGUUCGAUGGACUAGACCUCCAAGCAUGUGAAGAAGCAGUAUUCAAAAAACUGUUGAACCCGAAAACAGGAAUUAUAGUGGUAGAUGGAGCACAUGUAGAAGCGUACCUUACAGAGAUGGCGCAUGAAAUAACUAAACGUAAAAGAGAAGACCCGAAGAUUAUGCGCAAUGAUCCUAGAGUAACCAUGACCAAAGACUUUCUAGAGAAGAUUGUAAGAGAGACAAAAGUGUAUGUCACAGGAAAAGUAGAAUAUGUGGACGCUAAAGAUAUUGAUGAGCCGACACGUACUGCAUACAAUAAGAAUUUCCAAUUUGUUAAACCAGAAUUCCCCAAGGGCAUCAAACAGAUUUUUGAUAUCAGAAAAAGGAAACCAAUUGUUAUUGCAAAAAGAGACUAUGGUAACUUGAGCUAGAAAAACAUUUGGAAUGACUGCAGUAUUGUUUGAAUAAAGUGUGUUACCUCGGAAGCGUAGUUUGAAAACAUUGAACGGCUGGUCUUGUAAUAAAGCCGAAUAAUUCUGUG